AUGAUGCGCAUCAGCCUUCUUGGACUUCUGGCUGUUGUUACCCCCGCUCUUGCUCAUGGCAGGGAUCCGCACCAGAAGACGUGCCAUGUCCCUGCGAUCGGCGGAGGAGAGGACGACGGCCCUGCUAUUCUGGCCGCCUUCAAGGAGUGCUCGAAGAACGCCAAGAUUGUCCUUGACAAGUACUACGUCGUUGAUACUCUCUUGCUGACGAAGGGCUUGGAGAAUGUGGAUGUUGAGCUGAGCGGGACCGUGCAGUACACGCCCGACAUUGCGAAAUGGUCGCCUCAAAGUCUGUAUCUGACCUACCAGAACGCAACGACGUUCUGGUUCCUCUCCGGGAACAACAUCCACCUGUACGGCGGCGGGACGCUUGACGCCAACGGUCAAGUAUGGUGGGAUACAUUUAACAACACGCAUAACGCCGGCACGGCGGGUGGCUCCUCCAGAACUUUCGCGCGACCCAUCCCGCUGACUGUCGGGAAUGCAACAAAUGUCGUGGUCGAGAAUAUUAAGCAGAUUGGCUCGCCUUUCUGGUUCGUGUAUCAGAGCACAAAUGUCACGUACAAGAACAUCAACAUCCGCACCGUCUCUUACUCCAGUAGCCCCACCGCCAACUCGGAUGGCUGGGACAUCUACCGUUCGGAUCACAUAACUAUACGCGAUUCCAUCGUUAUCAACGAUGAUGACUGCGUGUCAUUCAAGCCGAACAGCACGAACAUUGUUGUCGCAAAUAUGUGGUGCAACGGCUCUCACGGCAUCUCCGUCGGCAGCCUCGGACAAUACGCGGGGGAGACGGACAUCGUCGCGAACGUGUUCGUGAAGAACAUCACGAUGCUGAAUGCACAGAAUGGCGCGCGGAUCAAGGUCUUUGGCGGAAACCCUUCCCCCAAUAGCACCGUGGGUGGAGGGACGGGAUACGUCAAGAACAUCACCUUCGAGGACUUCUUUGUGUCCAACGUCGAUAACCCAGUCCUGAUCAACCAAUGCUACUCCACCCCCGCCGCUACAUGCGCGCAGUUCCCGAGCAACCUCAGCAUCUCAGAUGUACAUUACAUCAAUGUCACUGGCACGUCCUCCGGCGCAGAGGGCAGCGUCGUCGUCGACCUCGAGUGCUCUGACACGUGUGAGGACAUUACUGCCACGGGAACGAAGCUGACUCCGAAAAACGGGACGGCGGAAUACAUCUGCAAGAACAUCGCGAGCACGUCAGAGCUCGACUUCAACUGCACCGCUCCAUCAUGA